GUCGCGCCUACCGCUCCCCAUCUUGCGCCCCCGAUACGCGACUUCUCCCCCUUGCUGCGCUCCGUUUGAGUCGUCAUGGCGAGUCCUGGUGUCUCGAAGCCGCUGAGAGAGUUACUGGCCGAACAACUACCCAAAAACGUGCCCAUCACCUUCUAUCACUACUCAACUCCGCCGUCCAAGUCCUCUGCUCUCUUCUCCGCGCCGCCCCAUGGCAAGUCCGAACGCACAUAUUGCGAGUCGCACACGUUGGCAGCAUCGAUAGUGCCAAAAGACGCCGCAGCCUCAGAACUACCCGAGGAGCUUCUGAUACUUGCCAUCGAAGUCUUAAUCUACACCACCAGGAACCUCACCACCAUCUUCGUCUCCAAAGCCGACUCGACGGGUUAUAUAUCUGAGCUGCAAUUACCGCGAGCCCAAUCUGCAUCGCCCUUGAAAGCUAUUUGCGGCACGUUUGUAUCUUGGCUCGCAAGAGAAAGACAAAGGGAAGGGAAGAAGCUUGUUGUGUCUUUGUUCGCCAGGGCACAGGAUCAAUACCUGUUCCCAGCAAGCAUCGAGAACAAGAACAAGCAUGUUCUGGACGAUAGGGGCUUGGUAAAAUGGUGGUGCAGAGUGCUCGAUCCAAUCAUAUGGGAGUACAAAGCUGAAGGAGAAGGGAAACCCUUCGCUGAACGGCUAAUGGAGGGUGAAGGCACCAAGACCAACGGCACACCAACACAAUCCGAGUCCACAGCAAAGGGAUAUCUAGUGAUACCGGGUUUCGAAUCAUACGAUACACUGCGAUACAUUCCUCCGCCCUCCGUCCCCAACACCCCUCGACGCUGGGCCACUACACACCCACUCCUACAGAUCGCUCCAUAUCCUGCUGCACCACCACGGUGCCUGGUACCACACUUUCCAGAUGAUCCUAAGGCUAGAUUUCUUGAUGAGUUAGACGAGGAACUUCCCGACCGUGGCACGGAUAAUAUGGUAGCAGAUGGAGGCACACCGUCAAGAAGUAAUGGGCAAUGGAAGAGUGUCAAGACGCUCGACCAGUUCUGGGAGUUCAUGGCUUUCAGGCAAGAGUGCUCAUCAGGAAGGAUAGUAGGUUUCAUAUGGGUCGUCAUAACACCACCCAAGCCUUCGAUACCCGAAGAAGACGAGGACAUGCCGUCACAGCUGUCAGCGUCACAGUCCUUCUCGCAAACCAAUUCACAAGAGAAUAUGUCCAGUCCAAAACGGCGGAAAACAAGUCGACGGAGACAAGAGGCCAAAACCAGGUAUGGACCAAUACCACUAGUUCUGCCGAAGAUCAAGACUAUCUAUCGGAAUCUACCGACCACGCCAAACAUGUCUUCGCGCUCUGCCAAAACUCUUCCUGAGAACAGUCCAUACUGGAGGUGGCCCGCUUCCUCACGUGGGACCAUCUGUUUCUCGCUCAAGAACUAUGAUCGUGCACAUGAAGUCCUCUUACAGCAAACGUUUGCGAACCGAAAGGCAGCAGCACGGAGUACGAGGAAGUGGAAAGAAGAAAUCGCUGUUCUUGGCGGCAUGGACGAAUGGGCCUUUACAGUGAUAGGAACUAAGGAAUAUGUAGCUGCAGUGAAGCCUGCGGAUGCAACAAACAGCGUGACACCGACAAUGGUCAUGGGUGUACGAAAGAAGAGGAAGCCCGAUAUCCCAUCAGAGGCGGCAACCGAGACAGAAAAGUUGGCUGAACCCGCACAAAUUCCAGGAGAAGGCACCGUCAGGAAGAAGGCAAAAACUGAGCCAACACCCAUUACUGAUGCAAGUGCUGCAAAUGGAGUGAAUACCUUGACAGCCGGACUGGUGCGUAAGAAACCGAAAGUUUGAAACCAUAGAGUCAAUGAGACCUUUAGUAUUGGGACUUGCUACAACAUUCAGGGUUCGGAGAAUAUGAGGAGUUUUGGAUAGAUUUACUUUAGGUUUGGCGGGCGAGGUUGCUGGGCGAGCUACUUUUGCUAGCUCACAUCUGGAUCUUGACGAAAAUGUACACGGACGUAUUGAUACCACCCUCUCACCUUGUUUACUUUCUGCAGCACAGGUUUACCAAUAUGAACAGUUUAGACGCUAGAGUGCUGUCGGACGUGAAGU